GGGGGGGGGGGGGGGGGGGGGGAUAAAUCAGGUUGUUGCAAUCGCGGAUUUUGACCAUGCUCAGAUUAAACAUGCAAAUGAUGACCUCGCCUGACACUGACGUAAGCCCAUCAGAACAGAGGCAACUGACUCUAGAACGGCAUUUGAGCUGUCCCUGGGGUUUGACGUUUAAUCGUAAUGAAAGCGAACAUAAAUAUAUUAGGCUACAUGGUUUCAAAGAGCAGGCUAACUCAUUUACUACAGAUAUUCUUCAUUUUAAUAGUAGGCCUAAUUAAAAUCAUUUCUGAUAAGAACGAAAUGUGAAGUAAAAACCGAUGCAAAAAAAAACAAACUAAAAACCUACGGAGCAAGUUUCUCGAUUGAUCAGACUCUUUGUGGCAAAUGAACCCCGUAAAUUAUUAAUCCGAUUCCAGACCCCUGGUGGCGGGUGGAUUUACCGCUGAUAGGAAGUCGUCAAAGUGGCGAUCAAAAGUGCAAAUUGCUGCAUGAUCUAAUGGGGGCUGAGAUCCUCGUAGGUGACUCCGAUAUCGGCCACGCUAAUCCCAGGUGAGAGACCAUGAAAUCGGGGCAACUAUGAAAUCAUGGAUACCUUGGGAACUAAAGGGCUACCAAUCAACCUAACAGGGCUACCAUUUUGUAGAAACCAUGAUAACCUUUGCUGUGUCAUCGUGAGAAUGGUUUGAGAGGGCAUCACCUGAAGUAUAGAGAGGUUAGAGACGGAGAGGGCUUUACGCAUGGGCGUAGCAACAGGGGGGGCCCCAGUAUGAAAAAAUAAAAUAAAAGUCCUGAACGGAAACGGUCUAAAAUGAAAUAUAUACACUAUUAGUUUGAUCUAACUUUGACUUAUUGUUGUUAUUCAAAGUGUUAUAUUUUGAAGUUCUGAAUAAAUAUUUCACUUACAUACAUGUGAUACAUGUGAAUGUAUUUUUUUUUCAGAAUACAUGAUCUGAAGGCAGUCCAUUUACACUAUUGCCACUUAAUUUAGUUAUUUAAGAAUAUUUGUUUCAUGUGCUUGUAAAAAUAAUAAUUUGUCCCUUGAAGACACCUUGAUGGACUGGGAGGUUCCAGUCUCAGUAUAUUAUCUUCAUUUUACCCACUCUGCCAGAAGAGGACCCCAACUGGAUGUUUGACCUCAAAGAACAGAGAGUCAAUUGAACUAGCCGGCACAAUUAGUCUGGAAGAUCUCAGCUCAUUUUUAAUUUACAAGGGAGGUUUUCAACAGGUUCAGACCAAAAUGCCUCUAAGAGCUGACAUCAGUGGGAGCCAUCUUUAUUGUUUAUGAAAAUGUGCAAUAUGAAGGGCUACUCUGCUUUUAUACUUCCAUCAUAAUAAACAAAACCUUUUUCUCUAAAUAACUUUGAAGACAACAAUUUCCUCAGAACAAAAUUGGACUUCUACUAAUAAUAACUGAUAUCUUGGUGAUGAAGUGAUAUACACCAUAAAAAUCACCCUGCGUCUAAUCUCAGCUCCCCUGCAAAUGUAUUUUUUCUUUAGUGUGUCUAAAUCCGAAGCCUGUAGGUAUUUCGUUCUGAAAUACAAACAAAGCUACCACAGCUAUAGGAGGGCCAGGGUCUCCUUUCAGCUUGGUUUGAUCGUGUGCCUCUUACAUGUUUUUGUUGGUGACUAUAGUUCAAGAUUCAAGAAUUUAUUUGUCACAUGCUUAAUUUGAGAAAGAAAAAGCAUUGAAAUGGGGAAAAAAGCAGUGAAAUGGGGAAAAAGGCAGUGAAAUGGGGAAAAAAGCAGUGAAAUGGGGAGUUAUGAAUAACGUUGAUUUCAAUGCUCCGAAUAAAUUAUAUGACAAUGGAUAAACUGAUUUCAUUUUUACGGAUACAUUAUGCAUGUCAUUUGAACAGAAAAGUAUUUUUCAACCUAACAAUUUUAAGAGUUAUUAGGUUGAUUUACCAUUUGUUUAUUUCACUUCAUAUUUAAUCUGGACCUGUAAGAACUUUUGUUAUUUUUUGAUAGCCAUAUGUGCCUCCAUGUCUUUUUCCUAUUUGUGUGUGUAACGAUUCUAUGCUGCAAACAAAAUCUACCUUUAGGAACAUUAAAAUAAUUUAACUUGAACUAGCUUGAACUUGAACUUGAUAUGUCAAUGCUUCCAACCAAAUAUUCAUCAUCUUCUGUGGAGCGAAAGUGACACCUGAUGUCCAGUUUUGCAUUUUGCAUUUUUGCAUUUUUAUAGGAGUACAACGCUGUAUGUCUGUGUCUUUAAGUAUGAUUGGUAAGGCUGGGGGGAUUCAGAAGAGGGAACAUCUGUGAACAGGUAUGAUGUUUUUUUGAUCGCUUAGGAUCUCGUUUUAGUGUCUGUGGUUCCUCUUGCCUCUGGAAGUCUCCCAGAGGAGCUGAGGGCGUUAACUUAAUAGGGCUGUCAAUAUCUUUCAAUUAAAUUCUUAAAACGUUUCUUUUCAAUUACGCUUUCUUCUAACCACGUUUUCUUUUAUCUUCUUUGUUUGAUUUAACCUAGAAUAUAGCUCUAUGAUAUGUUAUUCUCAUCAUCUUUAUUUGAAACUGAUCUAUUGUUGUGAUGUGGUUUUCCCUGUUAGGCUUCAUUAACAGACCAUCAGACCAUGUUUCGCGUGCGAGUCUCCGCCUUCCGUCUCAUUGGGAUUUUCAUGCUUUUAAGUAUGACAGAAUCAAUCUCCCCAGAGUACCACUACUACAACCAAAUCCUGAGCUGGAGCAACGCGCGGAGCUUCUGUCGGAGUAAGCACAGCGAUCUGGCCACCGUGACCUCCAUGGAGGAGGCCCAGCUCCUGGCCCAGACCACCGCCGGCCUUGACGACGCCUGGAUCGGCCUCCGUAACGACGGACCCGCCAAGUGGCUGUGGUCGGACGGAAGCGGAGAGCCGCUUCCUCUGUUGUGGAUUGCAGGGCAGCCCGACUUUUCGGGUGGCUGUGUAGACACGAUCGCAUCGGGCUGGAACGAUUACAAUUGUACUACGACGAGACGUAAUCUUGUGUGCGAAGAUGCACAGGUGCCGUACUAUUACCCUCAGCCCGAUUUGUGGGAAUGGACCGCUGCCCGGGAUCAUUGCAGAAGCCUAGGUAUGAAACUACCCAAAAUCAAAGGCAUGCCCGAUAUAGCGCCAAUCCUCACUCCGUCGCUCCAUGUCUCCGUCUGGAUCGGCCUCUUCUGGGACCGGUGGGCGUGGUCCGACGAGAGCACCUCCUCCCUCAGGUACUGGACGUUGGGCGAGCCCGCCAACCUCCAGGGCUGUGCGAUUGUCAACGUCACGGACCAGGGCCGGUGGUACGAGGAGCAGUGCGAGACCGAGAUGCCUUUCGUCUGCCAGGGCGCUGGGAACUUGCGGAGGGUGCUGAUCAAGUUAAAGAUGGAGUCGGAUGGUGACCUCGAUCGCUCAGCCGCCGGUGCUCAACUCCUGAAGCAGCUCGAGGCGCAGUUCAGAAGUCAGGGGAUAUCAGAUUUCCAACUCAGCUGGAAGGGCGACAUCCGUCGUCAGGAUGAGAUCAACGAGAAUCCUGCAGCUGAGAGCCACGGUCCAGGUCCCUGCGAUAAACGGAAAUGGAAUGACUGAAGCAACAGACCUCCUACGUACACACAUACACACGCACACGCACAGUCACAUGCUUGCUAACCAUACAAACACAUAUAGAUAGACAGGCACAGUAUUUGCAUGUGUAUGGAGAUGAGGGGCUUAUUAUUAUUAUUAUUAGGCAAAACUCCAAAGUUCACACGUUAUAUCUGAGUUUCCGGUAGUUGUGUGCAUCCCGUGUGAUUUUUUUUUUAACUUACUUAUGAAGUAAUUGUAUAUUAUGACACAAUUAUGACAGUUCAACUAUAGAGUUGACCUACCAGUUUAUUAUGAAAAAACAUGUUGAGGUCCUGUCGGUAAAAUUUGAGAAUUGUUGAGGGAGAGAGCAUGAUUCAGAAAAUAAACAACCCCAGGAAAAUGCCCCUCCCUCUCUGUCCCCCCCCUACCUAUCUCCACCCUCGAGGAGUGUUUUAGUCAUGCAAAUUAGUUCCCUGAACAAUCAGGCGAGGAUAGUCUUGAUCAGAAAUUCAGAAAUUAGCAAAAAAAUAAUGGUCUCACAGAUAUUCAAAAAUAAUGAUACCCUCAUGAAAGGUCUUAGAUCUUACAGCACAUUACACAAUGUUAAAAUAAAUAUCAAAAAAAUCUAAAUGUAAAUAGUACAAAUAAUUCCAAAUCAAACAAAGUUGGAAUCUAAUAAAAUACUGAUAUAGGAGGGAUCCUUUAGCGGGAUGAGGGUCAGGGGGUGUCGUAGGCCUACUGUCGUUUAGCCUGCGGAGCCCUUUGAGACCGGAGCUGUUAUUCAAGAUAUACAAAUCAAGUGGACCUGGCUUGGUGUUUGUUAGCAGGAUGAGGAAGAUGUUUCACAAUGCACAAAGACACGAGUGGAAGUCCUGCGUGAUAGAGAUCAACAUGGUUCAGUGCUUGUCAAAGUUCCGGUUUGAAAACGUCCUGCCCGGUGGAGUAGACGAUGAGACCUAUACUUUGAUAACCUUCAUCUAAUAAAAGCUUUAGACAUAAAUCAAG